AGAAAAAGUGCUAAAAUAUAUAUAAAGAAGGCACCGAUACGAGCAGGCACCAGCUAUGAAUUCUUUCUUACCAUUAAGGUCAUCAGGAUUCCCUCAUUCACAGUUUGGUCCCAAGAACCCUGAUUAUGGCCACAAGAAACUUGGACAGAGAGCAGGACCUCUUCAGCCUCAGCACUUUAAUACUAUUCAGAUUCCUAAAGCCAUGCUAACACCUCCAUUCCUACAGUACUCAGCUUUGACUCCUGGUCAGAAGCAGUAUUUGUGUACGGUGUGUGAAGCGUACAGCAAGGAUCACAUGCGGAAGCUGAUGCAGCAGCACUACCUGAAUGUGCUGCACAGAUCUAUUGGAACAGGUUUUACAAAAAAGUCCAGCUUCACCAUCAAUCCUGCAGUGGGAACGUCUUUACCAGGCCUGGACCACAGCCCAGCACACCAGGACGAGAGAUCUGGAGGAAAGAUUAAAGGACAGGAGCCCAGAAAUACAAGUCCUAAUCUACCUAAUAUAAAAGUCACAAGUAAAGUUUGUUCUCAGGGUCUCCAGAAUCAAACAAAAGAAAGAAGCCACCAACAAAAAUAAGAAAUAUGGAACACAUGCAACCUUCUCAUCA